GGAUACGGAAGCCAUGGAACGGUGGUGUAUAAAGGCACGUAUGACGGGCGCGCCGUGGCAGUCAAGCGACUGUUGAUUGAUUUUUAUGAUGUUGCGUUUCACGAAGUUCGGCUGUUGCAAGAGAGCGAUGACCAUGCGAACGUGGUGCGCUAUUUCCGAAGUGAACAAUGCGACCGAUUUUUGUACAUAGCACUGGAGCUUUGCUCGGCUUCCCUGGACGAUAUUAUUGAGCGCGGACAUAUGCAGCCGUAUCGAGAUCUGUCAGCAACACUUGAGCCGCAAAAAAUUCUCUUCCAAAUUAUCUCUGGUAUCCAUCACCUUCACAGCCUGAAGAUUGUCCACCGGGAUAUCAAACCUCAGAACAUAUUGGUCGGCGAGCCUAAACGCAAACCCAAACCAUCGAAAUCGGUUUUGAUUUCGGAUUUUGGACUGUGUCGCAAGCUUGAGAACGAUCAGUCGAGCUUCCAUAAUACGACUGUGCAUGGCGGGCGAGGCGGCGCAGGAGGAGGGACGAUUGGCUGGCGUGCCCCAGAAUGCUUCUUGGGCAUGGAUCAGGACGAUGAACUGCUUCAGGCGAUGGUCAAUGGGACCGUUAGUGGUACACUCGCAGAUGAUUCUUCGUCGUCUAGCCAAGAAGUCGGCGGUUCCGGCUCAUCCGGAGGACGCGCCAACAGGAUGACCCGUGCGAUCGAUAUCUUUUCUACAGGUUGUGUCUUCUACUAUGUUCUGACGAAUGGCGAGCAUCCCUUUGGGGAUCGAUAUUCUCGUGAGCGAAAUAUCUUGCUGAACCGACCGAACUUGAGCGGGCUGGAUGCCUUGGGCCAGGAGGGCGUGGAGGCCAAGGAUCUGAUAUCGAGGAUGAUUGCGCACGACCCAGCAGAUCGACCGGAUGCAUUUACCGUAAUGCACCAUCCAUACUUUUGGUCGGCAAAUAAGCGGCUCAUGUUUAUGCAGGAUUGCUCGGACCGAUUUGAGAUUGAGGACCGGGGCGUAGACGCGGACCUGCCGAGUCAAUUGUUAAUCAAGCUGGAGCAGAACGCGAAGGAGAUUUUGGUUAAGGACUGGUAUAAGGUGAUCGAUCGGACCUUGGUCGAGAACUUGGGCAAAUAUCGCAAGUAUGAUGGAAACAGUGUUCGUGAUCUUUUGCGUGCCCUUCGUAACAAGAAACACCAUUAUCAGGAUUUACCCCCGCACGUCAAGCGGGCACUAGGAGAUCUGCCGCACGGAUUUUUGAACUACUUUACGUCGCGGUUCCCAAAGCUGAUGUUGCAUCUGUAUUAUGUUGUGGCCAACGAUCCAGAACUGAGGAACGAGAGCAUGUUUAGGCAUUAUUUUGUAGAUUGA